UACCGGAAAAUGAUUUUGCGUCUUCGAUGAUGCGUAGCACUUAAAUGUGAUAGUUUGCUAUUCCAUCAAUAUCUAGCUCAUGAACAGGUAUCAUUUACUUAACCUCUUGAUGGUAGGAAAUUGACAAUAUUCGGAUAAACUUGUAUCGAUAUUUUGGAAGGGCGAUAAGUUCAUGUUGUCUUAGAUGCGCGUGACGAUUAUUCUGACAUUCGUAUAAACGACCAUGUAUAAAUAAAGAUGGUGCUUCAGGCUUAUAAUGCAACGGUUGGUAUUCUAUACUCUGAAUGUUAGUGAUUUGGCGACGUAAGUCACCCAAGAAACCAAGCUCUAAGUACAUCGUACGUCUUCAGUUGUAGUUCUAUGGUCAAAUAAACGACGUGAUGAUUUUAAUGAUGUAUUGUCUGCGCUCCCAUUUUCCUGCUUCAUGAAGUUUCAACAAUACGUAAUUUGAUAAAGUGAUAAUUGUCACGAAUGGCGAACCACGUGAGAUCGCGUUGGCACGUGGGCUUUCCACGACGCCAGAGAAGCGUGGACUAUGAUUUAUCAAGUGAAGUCAAUCGUGCUGCCCUGGCCAGACUGAAACCCAUUGAUGAGCAAGGCACGAUAGAACUUGCAGGGUCCAUUCCCAUAGUGUUUGACGUUGACGAAAACGGGAGUAAGGUGCAAAAUAGUUUAGCUGAUCAAUUGAAACUGGCGGCAAUUUAUGACGACCAAAAAACGAUCAAUAAUAUUUUGAGAGAAAAAACAAGUGACCGUGAAAUUCAAACAUUGCUCUCGAAAACUGAUGAAAGAGGACAACCAUGUAUAUUUUACGCUUUGGAGUGGCGUAGUCUUAAUUCUCUUACUUCCUUGUUAAAUUACGCAAAAGACCCCAAGUGUGUGAUAGCUAAGAACGGAGAGAGUGUACUUCAUGUAGCCACCGGAAUGGGUGACGUAGCUUUUCUUCGUAACUUGUUGCAACAUGACAUCAUUGUUGAUCUUGUAAACCAUGUUGAAAGCGUGAAUGCCCGAUCGCCACUUCAUUUUGCCGCAACGUUCAACCAUGUUGAGAUCGCCAAGGUGUUGCUAGAACACGGUGGAAAGAUAACAAAGGUUGAUAUCAUAAGAAGAUGUCCAGUGUACAUCGCUGCUGCUAAAGGACAUGCUAAUAUGCUUGAACUUUUCCUGAAACACGAAAAAAGCAGAAUGCAAGAGUUAUUGUUCAGCGAGGAUUAUGGUGGCCUGUUUCACCGCAAUAUACUUCAUGUUGCUGUGGACAGUGGUGAUGAACGCAUUGUACAAGUUUGUCUGCAAGAUGAAGAUGUGAUUCGUGAAGAUUUGCGCGAAGAAAUCAGACAUGAUUUAUUGAUUCAUGCGGCUUGCGAAAAUGGCAUGAAGAAGAGUUUAUUUCGAUUUAUGGAAGUCAUGGGACAUUUGGACUUCCUUCAGUUGAACAGAAAGGAUAAACAAGGAUUCACCCCGAUUCAUAAGACUUUUGGACUUAAGCCUGACGUUAUCACUUUGACAAUUUAUUUCAUUCUAGAGCCGCAAUCAAUAAUCACAACGAAAAACUCCCAGUCUGCCUUGGUCCUUGCCGCUCAACGCGGUCAUGUUCGUGUCGUUGAAGAACUGCUUAAAUUGAAAGCUGAUUUUACCCUUCGUGAUGACAGCAAUAGAACGGUUCUUCACUAUGCAAUUGCAUAUCCUGAAACAUUGAGAAUUUUGCUGAAGAAAGAGAUAGACGGUUAUACUCCCAUUCAUAAUGCCGCCUUAAAAGGAGUACUUGAGAGUGUCCGUAUUUUGUUAGAAUAUAACGCUGAUCUGAAUGUCUUCACGAACAAUUUUCGUUCGCCAUUACAUUGCGCUGUUAGUUCACAGAACUCUGAUGUGGUUGAAUUAAUCCUAGCCAAUGAACCAGCUUUGAUCAACAAGUUUGAUGCCGACAGGGAAACACCGCUUCAUACAGCAGCGAAGUACAGUAGCCCAGAGGUCGUCAAAUGUCUUGUGAAUAACGGAGCAAUGAUCAAUUUGGAAAAUAUAUACAAACGAACAGCAUUGCUUACAGCAGCUGUGGAAGGCAAAGCAGAUGUUGUGAAGUAUUUGCUAGAUAAAUGGGCGAAAAUUACAAAUGAUUAUGAGUUUUUUAACUGUUUGGAUUGGGCCAUCAUGAAUGACGAUACAAAAAGCGCUAUGUGUAGCAAUUCGGUAGAGGGCAUAGCAUUCGGUUUGACAAUUAUUUACGAGACAAAAAAUGGUCCAGAAGGAACGAUGGCGAAGUUGAUUUCUAAGAAUAUGUCCGAAGUGGCGUAUCGAGCUCUUUCUAACAGCAUGAAAACCACAGGACACCCAGAGAGUACUGACUAUUUGGUUGAAUACGACUUUUUGUUUUUACAAACUGCAGUUACAAACAAGGGAGGUAAAAAACUCAAGCCAUUGACCGCCAUCAAAGCGAUGUUGCGAAAUGACAGUUACCAAUGCCUAUGUCAUCCUGUCUGCCUUAGAUACCUUAAAAACAAAUGGAUGGAAUUUGGAUGGAAAAUGAACAUAGCAAGUUUUAUGUCUUAUUUCUUGUUUUUGGUUUCUCUUAACGUCUACGCGUUUGGAAUUCCUUCAUAUAAGGCGUCUGUUGACAAAGAUGAAUUACCAAAUGCGUCGAUAAAUGUUAAGGUAGCGAUGCUUAUCUGUCUCAUAUCUGCUGGCGUUCAAACAUUGAAAGAAAUCGGUCAGUUAUUCUUUUACAAAUUCAAUUAUCUUAUGGACAAAGUCAACUAUUUGGAAUGUGUUCUCUACGUAUCAACAUUCAUCUUUGCUGUACCAAGUAACGACAGUAUGUCUGUAAAGACAAGUUUUCAAUGGAUGGCCUGUUCUGUAGCGUUAUUCUGUGCUUGGAUAAAUCUUAUUAUGUAUUUAAAAAGUUUGCCUCCUACGGUAUAA